AUGAGUGAUGUUUCACAUAUUUUUGAGAGGAAGUUCAAUUUUAAGAAAAUUUGGCAAAUUGUGGCUAUGAAGUUUAUUCCUAAACUUGGACGCACAGAGAAGGAGCUGCAGUCGCUGAGAAGAGAGAUUGAUAUAAUGAGAGGUCUCCACCAUGCAAAUAUCAUUGAAAUGUUAGAUAGUUUUGAAACCGAGAAAGAGGUUGUUGCUGUCACUGAUUACGCUGAAGGGGAAUUAUUUCAGAUCUUGGAAGAUGAUGGAAACUUACCAGAAGAUCAAGUACAGACCAUAGCCUGUCAUUUGGUGUCUGCGUUGUUUUAUCUGCAUUCACACAGGAUACUGCACAGAGAUAUGAAACCACAGAACAUCUUACUCGGCAAAGGAGGUGUUGUUAAGCUCUGUGAUUUUGGAUUUGCUAGAGCUAUGAGUAUCAAUACAUUGGUGCUUACUUCAAUCAAGGGUACACCUCUGUACAUGUCACCAGAGUUAGUAGAAGAGAAGCCAUAUGACCACACGGCAGAUCUUUGGUCAUUGGGAUGUAUAUUAUAUGAACUGUUUGUUGGAACUCCACCAUUUUAUACUAACAGUAUAUUUCAACUUGUCAGUCUUAUUAUCAAGGAUCCUGUAAAAUGGCCUAAAAACAUGAGUUCUGAUUUUAAAGAUUUUCUACAGGGAUUACUGACUAAGAAUCCCAAGAAAAGACUAUCAUGGCCUCAUUUGCUGCAUCAUCCAUUUGUUUCUCAGUCGAUAAAUGUAAGAGAAUCAUUGGCUGCACAUCUGGAUAAUCCACUGACUAAAGAGCAGUCACCAGAGAUAGUAGCAGCCAAAGAGAAAGCAGUGAAAGCUAAGGCAUCUAACCAGCCACCAGGUACAACUAUCAUGAAUAAAAUAAAACAAAGACAACAACAGAAAGCAAAAGAUAAACAACAACAACAACAAAAGCAGCCUGUAAAGCAAGAUGCAUGGACGAAAGAAAACAAGGAAUCAAAACCGAGAGACUCAGAAGACAAGAUUGAAGAUAAGAACCCUACACCCAGGAAAGAUAGAAUUGAAAAAGACUAUGAGAAAGAAUUUCCAAGUGUUGAAAUCGAGAGUAGAAAAGUUAUCAAGAAGGACAGUAGAAAAAGUAUUGAAAAUGUCAAACUUGAAGAUGAGGAAAUUGACAGUGAAGAUGAAUGGGAUGAUUUAUGUGAAAUGACCGACCCAUCGACAGCAGAUCCACAAUCAGUUAAUCAACUACUACAAGACAAAUCAUUUAUCACUAAACUGGCUACCAGAUUAAAAUCAGCGACAUCACAAGUGUUGGAUGGAAUGUUACAAGGCGCUUCCAGAUUACGAACUGCAUUACGUGUUGUUAUGAAUGUAUUAUCUUGUUCCAGUUCACCAAACUUGCUGAAAGAGUUUGUAAAGAUUGUUGAUAUUCCCAAUUUACCAUUAAGAUUACUAGAACAAUUGCAAUCAAAGACUAAUGUGAAAAAGCAACCAUGGUGUUUACAAAUUUUAAUGGACUUGGUGUCAACAGUGACUUCCUAUGUUGUAUGUGUUGCUGGAGCAUCCCUAGAUUUAGACAGUACCAAAGAUUUUCUGACGUUAGGACUGAGUUUCAUUCGUCUAACGCCGUUGCUACUUACAUAUAAACAAGACGAGAGUCUAUCACUCAGAGAACAUGUCAUUUACUGUAUGGUAUACAUCACUGAAGUGUUGGAUCAGAGCCAGCUUGAAUUCUGUGAUGGUUUCUAUAGUAGUCUAUCUACAUGUAUGGUAUACAUCACUGAAGUGCUGGAUCAGAGCCAGCUUGAAUUCUGUGAUGGUUUCUAUAGUAGUCUAUCUACAGUACACACUGGUAUUAUAGAUGUCUUGUUAACAUGUGUUGUGGAAGAUAAAACAACUAUUCAGAAACUAGAAGCUGCAACUUCCCUUGAUGCCCAAGAUGCAUUAGCACGAUUUGAUCACAUGUGCGAUCUGUGUAUAGGCGCUUUAUCAGCCAUAAUUACAUUGCCGUUAAUCGAUAACUGUUGUAUUGAGGGGAAGCGAAAGAUGGCACUGUGUGUGGCUCAGAAACUCAUCAAUCUUAGUAACGAAGCUGUUUCUGAAAACUUCCUGAGAUACUUAAGACAUCCCAUGCACUGUGAAAACACACUGAAGGUUGUCUAUGCAUGCUGUCAAAUGUCAACUCAAAUAUGUGAAUAUAUAGUAGAGAGAAGUCAUUUAUCAACGCUAUUAUUAUUAUUACAAGGAAAAAUUGACAUAGCUGCAGCAAGUCAGAAUACUGUGUAUGAAUUAACUCUGCAUACCUUAACAGUGAUAAUAAUACAACUAGGAGAUAUGCCAGAUAUAUUGAAAGAUGGUAGUUUAUUAUUCACUGCUGUAUUUCUAGACUCUCAGAUUGCAAGCCAUACUACUGCAGCAGCAUCAUUAGUUGGUCAGUUGCUGUACAAUGGUGUACCAGUAGAAGUACCGCCUGAAGAUCUUCUCACGGCUGCAGGAUCGGCAUUAACAGACUUAGCUCAGAUUUGUGUACGAUGUCCAUUUGACUAUGGAGUGUUAGACGGACUCAUGUUGUUACUAUGUCAGUUCACAAGUAUUAGAGAAGCAGCAGUAGCCAAUAUGCUGAUAGAUUCUAGUGUUUGGAGUAUGGUAUGGCAUAGAUUAGCCCAGAUGCUGCGUGUAACUGAUCCAACUACUAACCUACCAUUACAUGACAUAGAAGAAGGGGAAGGUCCUCCUGAAACCAAAGUGGCGAUGGAACCAGAAUGGAAUCUGGUGUCACCAUCUGGUAUUAUGGCUAUACUACAGCUGGUUACACAGGUCUUUACACAGGAACCAAUGCAGUGUGUGCCGUUAUUGGUUGACCCUGAAGGAGUCGUUGUACUCUGUCUCACUACCUUAAUAUCCAAUGAAUUUUUAACAACAUUGAAAAAUAAAUCAAAUGAAGAUGUGGACUUUUCUGACAUGAUCACAGAUAUCAUAUUACAAGUAUCCCAACUGCUAUGCUUUCCAUAUGCCAUUGAUGUCACUGAUAAUAUGUUGUCCAGUGUACUGGAAUGCAUGUUUCAAAGCCGAGUAAUAUGGAGGUUAUUAUCGGCUUGUCAAUCACACCUACAGCCGCAUCAAAUAAGUAUUCCAGUUGGUUUAAUUGCAAGACUGGUGUUUAGUGAUCAAGUUUUUGUCACACAGUUCACAGAUUCAGUUCUAGAACUCAAGGCUGAAGGUUUGUUAGCAACACUGGUAACCAAGCAGUGUUCAGAAUUGGUCCAGUGUGAUGUAAUAUCAAUGUAUUCCCACAUUUUGAGGAUGUCAUCACAAGAUCUGACACUUAUUAAAAAUGCUCUGAAAGGAGAGAAUGGUGACUACCAGCCAUUGAAGGCAAUCCUAUCACAUCAGAAUGCGAUGUUACAGUGCCGUGGCUGUGGCAUGCUGGGUAAUAUGUUAAAACACACUAAUGAAUUCUACAGUGUGUUGAAAUCUAAAGAUAGUUUGAUAGCCGCACUCUUGAAAUGUCUUAGUCACGAAGACAGUGAUGUUAGAAAGGCAUCAAGUUAUGCUGUAGGUAAUGCAGCUUAUCACGAUGAUGGAUUGUACAAUAAAUUAUCCAAUGCUGUGCCAAUAUUAGUUGAUGUAUUAGGAGAUUCUGUGGCUAAAACAAGAACAAACGCUGCUGGAGCAUUAGGAAACCUGUCUUUGCAUUCUGAUGUUCUGUGUAAACAGCUGACAAAAGCCAAGGCAGUGCAAGGUCUUUUAGAAGUUGCUUGUCAUGACAGUCAGCAUACAACUCAAGAGGCUGCCCUGGUUGCAUUACGUACCCUGUGUAAACAUAAACAACAUAGAGAGGUACUAAAAGGUCUACAUGCUGUGGAUAAGCUCUCCAAUCUCAAUAUGGCUAAUAUUCGUCUGUCUGGAGCCAGUACUCCAGGAAGCGUGUUCUCAGCUCGCAGCGGUGGGAGGAACAGUACGACUGUAGUGAAACAACAUUGUGCAAAACUACUUAAGUCCUUAGACGCUGGAUCUACACAGAAAUGAGUCCAGUUUCAAUCAAUUGCUGACAUGAUACAUUACAAUUACAAUUCCUGAGUGGUUUACUGACUAUAUCUGCAUGUUAUUUAAGUGCUCGCAUGUAAUGCAUACACUGUUACAAAAGUCUGAUGUCAACAAAAUAGGAUGCAUGUUUUUUAAAUAAUGUAAACUCUAAUUAUGCGAGUGAUAGAUUUUAGCAAAUUCCAGGAAAAGCACAAAUAUCACUGGGACCAUUUAACAUGCAUUUAGUGAUAUCAUGACAUUUAUUCCCCUCAAAC